GAGUCUGUGCGAGAAUGUCUGCUCGUCUUUAAAGGCUAGGAACCCGGUCAGUCUCCCAGGAUGUUUUUUAAGACAUUCUUAUUCCUGUGGACGGAAGCAAUUAAUUAGUCAGUCAGGAUGCAUGUUGGCGAAGAAUGGUCAGUCGAGCUAGUUUCACAAUGUAUAUGUCAGUGCUAAUAGCAAGAAGGGUAUUUAGGUUAUUUAUAAAUGAUUGUUGAAGGUCAUGUGUUUUGUCUGUGUUGAUUUUAAUUUGUUUGUCUUUUAACUACUGCUAAUUUUAGUUCACUUUUGGUGAUGAUUUAGAGACUGAGUACUUGAGAGCACAUGUCUGGAUUGCGUUCCUUAAGGGUAUGAGUAGGUCAGUGUCAGGGGACCAGGGUUCAGUGAGAGUCUGAGGUUACGUCUGUGCAGCUUCCGAGUGAAUGAGUGAGUGUGUGAGUGAGUCUGUAUGUUAUAUAUGUGUUCUUGUGUGUGUGUGUUGUGUGAUGUGUUGAGCACUACUGUGCACUACUGCUAUCUGUGCUCUCAGCUGUAUGGAUCAGGCCCUGUCCAGCCUGAUGAAGCGCUUCUGUGCGUGUCUUGCCCUGCUGGGGAGCCAGGACUGGAAUAAGACUGAUGAGAAGCUGCUGCAGGCCGUGGAGCAGAACGAGCCGGACAAAGUCUCAGCACUCAUCGUCAAGAAGGGCCUCAAUCCCUCCAAACUGGACGCAGAGGGGAAAUCAGCGUUUCAUUUGUGUGCCUCACGAGGUCGUGCAGACUGUUUGGAGGUCAUUAUCUCUCACGGAGUGGACAUCAACAUCACAGAUGGUGCUGGAUUUAAUGCUCUUCAUCUUGCUGCCAAGAAUGGCCAACCUGAGUGUCUUAAAAGACUUUUGCAGGAGAGAAUGCCGGUUGAUUCCACUGACACCAUUGGGAGGACUGCCCUUCACCAUGCAGCCAUCAGUGGGUGUCUGUCAUGCACUGAGACUUUGUGGGAUUUCAAGGCUUCGCUGGAUGCCCAGGAUGGGGAUGGGGCAACAGCACUGCUCCUGGGAGCACAGAUGAGCAGAGUGGACUUGUGUGCUUUCCUGCUAGACCGCGGAGCUAACGCUAACAUACAGGACCAGCAGGGCAGGUCAGCAUUGAUGAUAGCAUGUGAAAGUGACAGUGUGGAGACAGUAGAAGCGUUGCUUAGGGGUGGGGCCAACCCCCAGCAGACCGACGUCUUCGGGCGCGAUGCAUCGCACUAUGGCGUCGCCACAGGCAACCAGAGAAUCACACAGCUGCUGCAGAACGGGGGUAAGGGGACCGCAGCAGGUAAAUGGACGCAGCCCCCUGCUGCCCCUCCCCCUGUUCCGGGGGGAUCUAUGCCCCGCAAGAGGAAGGCCCCUCCCCCACCCCGCUCCCCUCUACAGGCUGCAGGUCUAGGCCUGGAGCCACAGGCCACCUCCACCCCAAAGCCGUCCCCUGGGGAGAACCCCCGACCCAGAGCCCGCUCCCCUGGGGAGAACCCCCGACCCAGAACCCGCUCCCCCGGGGAGAACCCUCGGGCUGCGCCCCGCUCCCCACGCUCCAGCCAGUCCCCCGACAAUCCCGCCAGCUCUCAGCAGCCCAACCUGGCUGAGGAUGAGGAGGUGUUUGAGGAGAUCCGUAGGCUGAGGCUUGAGAGGGGACGCCUGCUGCAGAAGAUUAAAGUUUUGGAGCAGCAGCAGCACAGCGCCCUCACUGCACUGGAGGAGCUGGCCAUGUUGCGGGCGCGUCUGGAGCAGGCGGAGGCUGAGCGAGAUCGUCUGCAGACUGAACUGGAGGAGCUGAGGGCAGCCCAGUCCGUCUGCCUCUUCAGCGACUCGGAGGAAUCAGACGGCAUGCUGGACUUCCCAGGAGCCGAAAAGCUCCUCUCCCGGCAGUCUAGGGCUGCAGAUGUGGAGCAGACCCAGGAGGAGGCCGCUGCAGCUGGGGAGGCCAACCCGGGGGAGCCUGGGGACGCGGCAGAGCUGCAGAAACAGGUGGAGGAGCUGACAGCUCAGAAUGCCGAGCUAGUGCUCAAAGUACAGAUGCUGGAGAUGUUUGAGAAGGAUGACACGAAUAUGGAGACCUCUGGGCCAGACUUUGUACCCACCGUGCUGUAUGAGUCCCUGAGGAAGGAGUAUGAGGAGCUGCAGGAAAAAUACUCUCGUGCCCAGGCUGCUGCUGAGGCCUCCAGCAUAGAUGAACCAGGGUCUGAGGGAAAACCGGAGGAGGUCAAGGAGCUGGGGGAGAAGACAGCAGAGGGGGAGUCAUCGAAAAAGGCUGAGGAGUCAACGGAUGGUGGAGGAGGAAGAGGAGGAGACGCAGAGGAGCGUGUGCGGAGCCUGGAGGUGCAGCUGGCGUCCACCCAGACCGAACUGAAGGAGCUGCGGGAGCAGGUGCAGGUGGGGGUGUUCUCCGUGGAGCAGACGGAGGCCGGGGGGGCAGGGCGGAGCAGCGGUCGGGAAGAGGGAGAGGGAGAGGGAGAGGGAGAGGGAGAGGCGGACGCCCAGCAGCUGAGGGAGAGGGUGAGACAGCUGGAACAGGAGCUGGGCAGCCUGCAGAGAGCCCUGGAGCAGGAGCGCAAGGCCAGCGCCGAGAGAAGGAGGGAUGAACGCAAAAAAGAAGAAGAAAAGACAAAACGAGAGGAGGAGGAGAGUGAGGCAGUGAGGAGGCUGAAAGAGCGUGUGAGGGAACUGGAGAAUAGACAGCAGGAGGAGGAGAAGAAGGAGGCGCGGAGCGGUGAGGGGGAGCUGACCCGCCACCUGCAGGCCCAGCUGGGCCAACUGGAAGCCCAGCUCAGGAGCAGCGUGCCACGGGCCGAGCUGGACGAGGUGCGGGUCACCAUGGGCUUGCAGCUGGACCAGCUGGCCCGCGAGAGGGCCCAGGUGGCCCUGCGCCUCAACGACGCCCUGCUGGACCUGGAGAGGCUCCGGCCGCCAGCGCCGCAUGGAGACGAGGAAGACGAGGAGGGAGAGGACGAGGACGAGCGGUCAGAGGAGUCCGAACGCUCCGAACGCUCCGAACGCUCAAUCAUCUCGGAGCACUCGUUGCGCGGUGCGGGCACCGGUCAGACGCUGGCAGCGGUGAGGGCGGAGCUGGAGGCGGCGCGGCAGGAGGCGUCCCAGGCGCUGGACUCGCUGUGGGCCGAGCGCGAGGGCCGGGCACAGGAUGCGCUGCGUCUGCAGGAUGCCGUGCCGCUGGUCCAGCACCAGGAGGCGCUCGUGGGCCUGUCCGAGCAACUGGCCCAGACGGCGGCCGAGCUGCAGAGGGAGGCGGCGCUCCGGUGCCAGGCCCAGGCCCAGGCCGCACGGCUACAGGAGCAACUGCAGGACGCUGAGCGGGACCUGGUCAGCAGGGAGGAGCACGAGAAGGUCAAGGCAGAGCUACAGCGUUCCGUGGUGGAGAGCGAGGGUAAAGCGCAGGCGGCACAGGAGGCGCUGAGCGAGAAGGAGACGGAGCUGAAGGAGCUCAAGUCCCAGAAGGCCAAGGAGCAGGGCCUGGUGUCGCAGGAGGACCACGAGGCCCAGCGUCUCUCGUUGCAGGCCGAGAUCAACGCCUUGACUGCACGCAUGGCCGACCUCCAGCGCAAGCACGAAAAGACCUGCACCGAGGUGUUCCAGGUGCAGCGGGAGGCUCUGUUCAACAAGAGCGAGCGGCAGGCUGCCGAGGCCCAGGUGGCUGCCGUGCAGAAGCAGCUGGAGGAGCUGCAGGCCCAGUCCAGCCACGUCCAGCAGCUGCACCAGGACAUCCAGCACUCACAGGGCCUCAUCAAGGAGAAGGACCGCAAGAUCACUGAGCUGUCUAAGGACGUUUUUCGUCUGAAGGAGGCUCUGGGUGCUCUGAGCCCUCCGCUGGGUGGUGUGCCUCCCCCUGGCAACCCUGGACAGCAGGUGGCGCUACAGAACCGUGUUUCUGCACUGACCCAGCAGCUGCAGGACUGUGAGCGCAAACACAAGACAGUGGUGGCCAUCUAUCGCUCUCAUCUGCUGGCCGCUGUACAGGGCCGCAUGGACGAGGAGGUGCAGGCUCUCCUACUCCAGAUCCUGAGGAUGUCCAGCAGAGACCAAAGCCACUGAGAAGCCAAAUAACCCCCUUCAUCAUGAACACACACCCUGUGACACACAAACAAGCUCACUCUACCAUGCAGCCGUUCCACCUGGGCCCGUGGGGGCCCUGCUGAUGAUGGCAGCUGCAUAUAAACCAUGCUGCUAAUAUGAUAUAAGAGUCCUGUGACUGAACUCAUUGAUUGUUAGCCUUAGCCUGUAUUUUGAUGGUGACAGAGAAAUAAAUAUACAAUUUAGCUGUAUUGAUUUUCAAGGCAUCAUCAAUAUAUUUUCUGUUUCUUGUGUGGGCUUAGAGGUUGCUUUUUUUGUACCUUAUUCUUUCAAUAAAUAAGGAGAGACGGUGUGCAGCUC